AUGGCAGAAUACUCGAGUCAAGACGCACAACCAGAACACGCUCCGCCCAUGGACAUUGCGCCCGAACACGUGCCCGCAGACUCUCAGGAGCCGCCCCAGAAGCACAUGGACCAAACUAUGGACGCCGUUGCCGUCGCCGAAGACAGCAUGAACACAACAAUCACCGCCUCGACCGUUGGCCCACCGCCCGACUUCAGUCAUAACAACAGCCCAAAUCCCCCCGCCCAUGAGCUGCGACCGUCGACGUCGUACUCGGACACCGCCUAUCAAUAUACUACACAUAAUGGUUCGCGCUUCAACACAUCUUCAGAUGCCGACACACCGCCGCGACAUGGCUACUAUGACGGCAGCAAAGAGACACACAUGGGCCAGUCGCACUCACGGCCGAGCUCGCAGAUGGGACGCUAUCCAACCUCAGAGGGCGGCGCGCGCUCAAAUUCAUACCAGGAGCAACGGAGCGCGCAGCAACAACAGCAGCAAGAGGCCGCCAAGAAUGCCAGUGUGGUCAUCAAGGUCGGCAUGGUGGGCGACGCACAGAUUGGCAAGACCAGCCUGAUGGUCAAGUACGUCGAGGGCAGCUGGGACGAGGACUACAUCCAAACAUUGGGUGUCAACUUUAUGGAAAAAACAAUCUCAAUCCGCAACACGGAAAUCACCUUCUCCAUCUGGGACCUGGGCGGUCAACGUGAAUUCGUAAACAUGCUGCCGCUCGUCUGCAACGACGCCGUCGCUAUACUCUUCAUGUUCGAUCUGACGCGAAAGAGCACACUCAACUCCAUCAAGGAAUGGUACCGCCAAGGGAGGGGGUUCAACAAGACUGCCAUCCCGUUCUUGGUAGGCACAAAGUACGAUCACUUUGUCAACUUCCCCCGGGAGGAGCAGGAAGAGAUCUCCAACCAGGCUAAGCGCUUUGCCAGGGCGAUGAAGGCUAGUCUCAUCUUCAGCUCAACCAGUCACAGCAUCAAUGUGCAAAAGAUCUUCAAGAUCGUGCUGUCCAAAGCCUUUGAUCUAAAGUGCACCAUUCCCGAGAUAGAAAACAUUGGUGAGCCACUGCUCCUCUACCAAGCCGUCUAGUCGCCGGACCGUAGAGUCAGACCCAGGACAGAAGGAACCAAGGCGAACCUAUCUGAAGGGCAGAUGGGACGCGUCUUUUAUCGGAACGUUACCAUGAGCGAAUGACUUGAAUGAUUUAUUUGCGUGGGAUUGCAUGGCUCGGCGAUUGGAGCAAGGUCAUCUAUACAUGGCGGGUUAAAACCGGCGUUCUUCUGCUUUGUAUUUGCGGAAGGGCUUGUACGAUUCAGAGCGAUGAGAGCUCGGCUGGGUCGGAGGUUUCGCG